CGGGUUCACCUUUGCUAUCAGAAGAAACCUUCCAGAAAGGAAAUAGGAAAACAACUUCAUCUCAGUAAAGAAGACCAUGCAGCCUGCAGUUCAAGUUUGGUUUGGAGAAGAUCUGCCUUUAAGUCCACGGAAUCCUCUGACUCCCAGACAUGGGCCAGGGUUGGCCAAUGUUUGUCAAUAUGAUGAGUGGAUAGCUGUGAGACAUGAAGCCACUCUGUUGCCUAUGCAAGAAGAUCUGUCCAUCUGGCUGUCUGGUUUGUUAGGUAUUGAAGUCAAGGCGGAAAGCCUAUUGGAAGAGCUUGACAAUGGAGUGCUGUUGUGCCAGCUGGUUGCUGUUCUUCAGAACAUGGUGAAAGCAUGCAGCCUUGAAGAGCCGCGAAAUUUUCCAAUGAGAAAAGUGCCCUGUAAGAAAAAUGCUGCACCAGGUUCAUUCUUUGCCAGAGACAAUACUGCAAACUUCCUCCACUGGUGUCGACACAUUGGGGUUGAUGAGACUUACCUCUUUGAGUCUGAAGGGUUAGUUUUGCAUAAAGAUCCAAGACAGGUAUAUCUUUGUCUACUUGAGAUUGGACGAAUUGUGUCCAGAUAUGGAGUGGAGCCACCAGUGUUAGUAAAACUUGAGAAAGAAAUUGAGUUGGAAGAAACCUUGCUCAAUACUUCUGGGCCUGAAGAUUCGAUUAGCAUUCCGAAAUCAUGCUGCCAGCAUGAAGAGCUGCAUGAAGCUGUCAAACAUAUUGCUGAAGACCCUCCUUGUAGUUGUUCACAUAGAUUUUCUAUCGAGUACUUAUCUGAAGGCCGUUACCGACUUGGGGAUAAGAUACUCUUCAUAAGAAUGCUUCAUGGAAAACACGUUAUGGUCCGUGUUGGCGGAGGCUGGGAUACUCUUCAAGGAUUUUUGCUUAAAUAUGAUCCCUGUCGAAUAUUACAGUUUGCUACACUGGAACAAAAGAUUCUAGCAUUUCAAAAAGGAGUUUCUAAUGAACACGUACCUGAUUCACCUGCCAGAACACCUCAGCCUCCUGAGAUGAAUCCUUUGUCAGCAGUUAACAUGUUUCAGAAACAAAAUCCCAAACCUGGCACAGCAGUUCCCAGGAGCAAGGAAAAACAGGUGCAUCCACCAGGCUCUCAGCUGCCGGCUUCCUCACAGAAAGCAGGGCAUCCAGGCUCCGCAUCAGGCCCUUCUAAAGGUCCAACUUCCUCAGCGAUGCCUUCCCAUCUCAAGCUCAAGUCUUCAAAAGGCACAACAAAGAAGCCACAUGUUUCUUCAAACAGCGUCCCGUCUUCACUGGGCCCCGUUGGUAACAGUACUUCUUCACCUGUUUUAUCAAGAACUGCACCUUGCGUAACUGAGUCAUUAAGGAAAUGUGUCACAUCCUCUGGUACCCCUAAGGCCAGGGUCAUUCCAGCCCACAGUUCAAAAGAGCUGCCAAGUAAGUGUUCUGGAAAAGCCGAAUUGAAGUAUUUGAAAGACAGUCAUAUUUCUUCAAAGGAUGAUAAAGUAGUUCACUCAGCUGCACAUUUAGGUUCUUCAUCAAAGUAUCCAAAGGCACCUAAAGCAAACAUACACGUAAGACCUAAACCGUCCCCCUUCCAGUCCCCUGCCAAAAUGACAAAACCCAAUUCCAAAGCCACAGCCCAAGGAGCCCAGGCCCAGCCAUCUGACAGAGCUGCACCUGCAGGGCUGGUCCCGGCCCAGAAACUUAAACCAGCCUUGAAUCUAAAUCAGCCAGUUUCUGUGGCUUCCAUUUCUCCUGCAAGAAAUGCACGGGACUCAAAAAACAGCCAUACAGCUUCAGUUGUCAAAAAGCAGCAUCAGUCGAAAAGUCCAUGCCAAAGGGCAGGACCCAGCUCCUCCAAAUCCCCUGGCCGCACUCCACUGUCCACCAUGAGCCUUCCCCAGUCUUCUGUGAAAACACAGACAGCAACCAAGGCAGCACACACUGCCACCAAGGGCCAGUAUUCAGCCAAAGGACCUCCAAAAAGUGGCAAGACCCCAACUCCCAGCAAGAAGCCACCUUCAUCUGGUAAGGAAGCAGAUAGUGGAGAGAGAAAACCUGCUGCCAAGAAAAAGGAAGAUGAUGACCACUACUUUGUUAUGACCGGAAGUAAGAAACCUAGAAAAUAAAUAUGCCUGUGACAUUUUAAGAAAACAGGACUGGAGCAGAGUGAAUGCGUCCAGGUUUCUCCCAUGCAUAUGUGUUCCAGAACAACAUAGAAGGGUGACGGGUGUUGGGACGAGGAGGAAGCUCAUCAGAAUCCACAUCUCUGAAUCCAUCAGCAACUACUCUUGUGAGGCAAAGAGUUGUCAAAUCACUACAAGGUUCUUUUUCAUACUAGACAUAGAUGCGACUUUCAGUCCAUAGUGUCAUUAUUCAUGGCUCUUGCUGAGGGAAAUAUAAGUCACAUAACACUACUGGAAUUACAACUAUGGCAGGAGUGGGAAACCUUUUUCCAAGGACUGUCUGGAUAUUUAUAACAUCGUUCUUGAGCCAGACAGAAUCGUCAACUUGAAAAUUAGCCUGUUAUAAGUCUACUGAAUUAUGGUUGUCUUGGCAGGCCCAGACCAAAUGAUGUGCAAGCAUUAUAUGGCCCUUGGGCUGGAUAUUCCACACUCCUGAACUAUGAGGACUAUUUUUUUAAAAAAAAUAUAUGCACACACAUAUAUAUAUAACUUUUAAAAUAUGUAUAUUUAUAUAAAUCAUCCAUUUAUAGGAUGGAUGUUACAUACAUGCUUAUAGCAACAGUGAGACUCUUAAUAUUAGGUAUUAUGUUUUAUCAAGAAAGAAACGGUUUGGCAUUUGUCCUGCGUUAGGCACCUAAUUUGAUUUCCUGAUCAGGAUUACCUAGUGCUACAAUGCCACGUGCCAAUGGCUGCUGCAUGUUAGCUUGGCAUUACUCUGAGCUGGGCUAGACAAAAUUCUUAGUACUUAUGUCUUUUAAAGCUUUCCAAAUGAGAAGGAAGUGAUUAUUUUACCAGCCUGAAGUUACCAGUACUUUCAGUAUAACU